AUGAAGCUUUCGUUGUUCAGCAUCGCCGUUGUGGCUUCCAUGGUCGCCAACGCCGUGACUGCCGCAUACACUAACUCUACUACUUCAUCUUCUGGACCCGCUCCUUCCACCUCUCUCGCUCCAUCCAUCCAGGCAAUUGACAACAAUGGCCAGGCUGAGUACAUUAUCACCAUUCCUGGUGCUCUUCAAUUCUCUUCUUUCAGCGUUUUGUCGCUUAGCCAAAGCUUUGGCGCCUUCGACCCAAGCCUAAGCCGUGCAGACGCUGACGGACGGAGCAUUCCAAUCAACAAUGAGUCCACUGAAGAUGACAUUGACUUGGAUGUUAGCAUUUCUGGUUACUCGGCUCAGAACUUCCACGCAUACAUCUUCUCUGGUGCCAUUACUGAGCCAGGUACUUACACUGCUACCUUUGCCCUUACCCUUGACCCAGAGAGCGCCAAGAGAGCUGAGCGCGUUUACUACUUGACCGCUACCGCAUACAUUGCUCCUUCUGCCUCUUCGUCUUCCGGUGCUUCAAGCUCUGUUCCAUCCUCGACCUCCUCGGAGAUUCCAGGCGUUACCGUCAUCACCCAGACUGCUUCUGGUACAGUGACUCUCACCACAACCUGUACUGAGGAGAAGUGCACCGGAGUUGAGACUAUUGUCACUGGUGUCACCACUGUCAGCGAUGAGACCACAGUCUACACUACCUACUGCCCACUCAGCACCACUCUCACUCUGGCUCCAGUUACUGUUGUCACCACUGUUUGCGAGACUGAGUCUGCCGCUCCAGAGGCCACCACCAUCACUGUCACCUGUACUGAGGAGAAGUGCAAGGGUCAAGAGUCUACCGUCGUCACUGGUCUCACCACUGUUACUGAUUUGACCACUGUCUACACUACUUACUGCCCAUUGACCGCUGGUGAGGUUACCAAGACGUACACCACCACCAUCACCAACCCAGUUGCUAGUACUCCGGUCACCGCUUUGGAGGUCACGACCACUGUGACUAGCGGUGCUGUUACCACCACCUACGUUACCACUUGUGAGUACUACGAGGUCACAAAGACUAGUGCUGCCACCACUACCACCGGUGGCGCUAGCUCUGCCGCUGCUACUGCUUCGGGCACCACGACCACUGUUGCCACUGUCACCACCCCUGGCGCCCCUGGCGCCCCUGCUGCCCCUGCUGCCUCUGGUGCCUCUGGUGCUGGCUCCACUUUGGCCGAGACUGGCAUUGCCACCCUGUCCUCUUCUUCUGGUGCUGGCUCCACUUUGGCCGAGACUGGCAUUGCCACCCUGUCCUCUUCUUCUGUUGCCGGCUCCACUUUGGCCGAGACUGGCAUUGCCACCCUGUCCUCUUCUUCUGUUGCCGGCUCUGCUUCUGGCUCUGGCGCUACUGCCUCCAGCAUCUCGAUCUUGGAGGGUGCUGCUGCCAAGGGUUACGCUUCCGCAGGCUUGCUGGGAGCUGCUUUCAUUGCUGCCUUCUUCUACUAA